AUUACAACACCGUAUUAUUCAGAUUUGAUUAAUAUUACCCGUUUACCGCAUGUCUUGUACGCGGCUUUUCGUUGUGAUGACAAAAAAAAAACAUUGACUACGUGUACGCGCUAUGCUAGCUGUCCGGCCAGUUAGCAUGCUAAGCAACUAGCAUGGUGUGGGCUGGUUGGUGGGCCUGCUGAAGCCGGCGGAAGAGGUUAGUCAGCGUGGAGAGCCUGGCCCGGGACCCGGCCGGAACCUCUGCACCACAGCUGCUGCAAUGGAGGCGCUCCCGUCUGAGCCUUCCGUCAUGGCCGUCGACCUAUCCAAGAGCUUCUCCGCACCGUCCCGGACCCGAAACCAGCGCACCCCUGCCUCUGACCUUCCCACCAAGCCUGAGUGGUACCACAGAUGUCCGACCGGCUCGUGUCUGGAUUCCUCAUAUGGUACCGGAAGCUACGAACGGGAGGACGGUGUGGCGCCUAGCCAUGUGAGCGCCGGGCUCCCUCAGGGCGUGUACCGCGAUGGCGACCUGUGGUGUCCCGGCUUCUACCAGGCGGGUGCCAGCUGCGAGGACGACAGCGACAGUGGCUCAGACGUCAUCGUUCUGCUGGCGGCCUCCAAAGAACCAUUGCUCUGCGCCUCCUUCGUGGCGGAUGGCGUGCGGCGCAUAGUGGAGCCACUGUCGCCCGCCCCAUCCUUGCCGGGAUGCUGCCAGCAGACGCUCAGCUUGCAGAGUAGCGACACCUCGUCAUCAGAGGAAGAAGAAGAGGAGGAAAUGGAGGAGGAAUCUGAAAGCUCGGCGGACAUCCCACCGCAUCACGCGAGACCUGUCGUCCUACUCGCGGACCUCAGCACCGACUACGCAGUCUACGACGGUGCCACGCGCUCCUGCGCUGACGUGUUGAGCGACGAUAGCGACGUGGUCGAAGUCCCGAGCACACGGAAGAGGCCGACAUUUCCUCCAAAUAAAAUUCAGGACAAAUCUGCUGCCGUGGGACGGAAGCGCAGUGUCCGAAUCAGUGCAAAUUCCGUGCAGACGCCCUUGUCGCCCUGGAGCACACGACACCGUCUCGCGAGAAGCGCAAAAAAAGACGCAGUGGGCGUUUACUACGAAAGCUGCAACUCUGACGACGCCACGGGUUACGCACUGGAAAGCGACGACGAUGUUCAUGGGUGCCACGCCGGCAGAGAGUCAGACAGCUCCUGCCAAUCCUGGGGCCUCAACCAAUCUCAUGAAGCUCAUCAACAUCUCACCGCCGACAAAGCUGAGGACGCACGAGAAACCGAUCAUGUUAACGAAUCAGGCGGCUUCCACCCGCGCCGCGUCACCAACAAAGCCAACACGUCUCGCCAAGGUCACACUAGUGAAUCGGAUGAUGCUCUUCAACGUCACGUCCCAGACAAUCCUGAUAACACUCGCCAACGACACGCUGCCAACAAAUCAAAUAACUCUCAGCGGCGCCGCGCCACCAACAAAUCUGCCGACACUGGAAAAAGAACUUCAAAGUCGUCGGCGGUGGCUAAAAAAUCUGUGAAGAGACAACGGCGCAAACGUAAGGCGUGGUGUCCACCGUCGUCUCUUUUCUCGCCGCCGGAGCCUCAAAUCAAAUUAAGGUGCACUGCCAUGCAAGAAGUGGCCAAGAAGAAGAAGACGUCGGACAACUUUUGCCCGUUUGUGCGAGUGCGAACGCACGGCAGCUUGCGGCCAAACGACGUGACGGUGGUCAACCAGCAGGACCAGCUGGACGUCUCGCUCCAAAAACAACAAAACGCUGCUCGCUCUUCUGGCGUCAUCCCCAAAACAUCCUGCUUCCGUCUGGGUCGACUUAAGGACGCUGGCGACGCAACGCCGCUGUGCUGCCUGUGUGGUCGCCAGGCCAACGCCGACGGGCUAGGUGACCUCCACGGGCCGUACUUUCCCGCGUCGGGCCGGCCCGCCGAGUUGCUGGAACGCGGUGACGCCGCCGCCCACCAGCUUGACGAGCGCUGGGUCCACUCAGACUGCAGCGUGUGGAGCGGCCAAGUCUUCCUGGUGCGAGGAAACUUGUACGGCCUACGGGAGGCGGAGCAGCUGGCGAGCCACACGAUUUGCUCUGGGUGUCAUCUGUCAGGCGCUAUUAUGGGAUGUUCGCACAAAGGCUGCACACGAUCUUUUCACUACGCCUGCGCUCUACCCUCAGGUUGCGUGCUGAACGAGGACAACUUGUCACUGCGUUGUUCACAACAUCACAUGACCACGUGUCAACAACAACAUGACGGACACGCACGGAGGAAAAGUUGGCGAGCGGCGCGGCGUCACAUCAGGUGACAGACGGAGGCGACCAUUCAUAUCACUGACACAUGAUUGACAUAUGGAAUCACAUGACUCAACGUCGGCGCUCCGCAGUCAUCACGCGCGGCAGGGCCUUCUCUGACCACGCCCACUCUCCCGUGACAUCAUCAAACCCAGCCCGAACAUCUGUGUGACGCGUUGACGAGCACGACAAAGGUUUCAAUACAACAGCAAAUUUCAAUGCGAGUUGCCUUUUUGUAUCACUCAACGUUUGUUUGAUGCUGAUUUGCAAAUUUUCUUCACUUUUUUACUUUUAUAUCAAGUUUUAGAACUCCUCUAUUUUCAGAUUUUUGUUUUGAAGUUUAACCCAUAAAAGCUUGAGCAAUAUUGAUUUUAUUACCAAAACCAGAUAACGAUGGCAAAUUCUCAAUCAGUGCAAAAAAUGAUCUAGAAAAGUUGUCUUCCAUCUCUGAUUUAAAAAAAAAAAAAUUCAAAUUUAUUGACCAGCGUUCUUAACCGUUCAUAAGUCCAGUAUUAUUUUUGUUAUAGCUGUUGCUUGGAUACGCAUCAUUAGUCUCGUCACCAUCAUUUAAAAUGACUACAUUAUGAUGUCAAGUCUGUUGUUUAUGCUUGUUCGAAGAUCAAAUACAGGAGAUCACUUUUGAGUAAAAAUUGCUUCCAUGUUUAUUUUGAAUGAACAAGCAGGUCUUGCUCGCUGCAUUUUGUUAUGAUCUCACACACCAAUAAAUGACAUGAGAAUGAAU